UGUUGGGCGGAAGAAUACCGUGUGUGGCUGCGCAGCCACACCGAGGAAGAAUAAAUGGCUUAUUAGUUAACCUUUUGGACUUAAUUAAGUCUCCAAUAAUGAGACAUGAUGGUAGGAGAAGAGGAGGUUAUCCUUCCAGACAAGUCUGGGACAGUAUUUUAAGAAGGUCGUAACACCUGCAAGACAACCACAGGGAUAAAAGGACGUACCCCAGCCUCAGCUCACUUCCCUCUUCCUCGUGGUGGGACCAUGGCCGAGGACAUGACUCUGCUUUGGGGCUCCGGCUCUCCUAUGUGCUGGAGGGUGAUGAUCGUCCUGGAGGAGAAGAACCUGCAGGGGUACAACAAUGAGUUGUUCUCCUUUGAGAAGAUGGAGCACAAGUCCGAGAAGGUUAUGGCUAUGAAUCCGAGAGGCCAACUUCCUGCCUUCAAACACGGGGACUACAUCCUGAAUGAGUCCCAUGCUGCCUGCUUGUACCUGGAGAACCAGUUCAAGAGCCAGGGGAACGAGCUAAUCCCAGACUGCCCUGAAGAACUUGCCAGGAUGUACCAGCGCAUGUUUGAGGCGUCCGCACUCUUCCAGAAGCUUGGGGACCAUAUCUACUAUGAAUGGAAGGUCCCGGAAAGGGAGCGACACGACUCUGCAGUGAAGAGAAAUCGGCAAGCCGUAAUUGAGGAACUCAAACUGUGGGAAGGAUACCUUGAGAAGGGGCCAGGGCCUUUUAUAUCUGGGCAGGCCUUUUCCUUAUCUGAUGUCAGUAUUUUUCCACUCAUUGCCAAUGCCUUCUACUUCGGGUUGAGAGCUGAUCGUUACCCGAAACUGGCUGCAUAUUACAAUCAGUUGAAGGAUCGGCCCAGCAUCAAAAGCACAUGGCCUCCUCACUGGAAGGGAGCACAAGCAGAAGACAGACUCAAAGACCUCUAAGAUGCAAAAAAACAUCAUUUUCUAUGAGUUUUUAUGCUAUAAAAGUAAUUAAAAA